AUGGAGGAUAAAGAAAAGCUCAUCGUUUACUCAAAUUCUAGUUCAGUAUUUACAUAUAGUGCUGAGAUAAGGCCAAAUUUUAAGAUAUCCGUAUCUCAAAGUCAAGGGUUUGCCUGGAACCAAGAUUUGUUUGCCACACAGUACCAGCAAUCUUAUAAGGUAGUAUAUGAUGCACACGAGGAUGACUUUGACGAUUUAAUAACGAAGAUCAAAGACAACUUGCAGUCAAGUUUCAAUAAAAAAGAUAAAAUGAAGUCUAAGUCUAAAUUUACUACGAUUGCAAAGAAGAAUAAAGAAGGCCCAGUCUGCGUGGAAGAAAGAAUUGAUGACGAUAGUAACAGUGAGCACUAUCAAAGAAUACAAAUGGUUGACAGCCAUGAGUUUCCAAGAAGGAAUCCCUAUACACCUGUAUGGGACCAUGACCUGCAGUCGGACGAAAACGAUAGUACAAGUGAAGAGGAAAAUGAACAUGAUGUAGAUAUGGUUGGUGGAACUCAGGCAUCGUAUGUUACAGUGGCCGUGAUGGAUAGACCACGCAGGAAGUCCGAGAGAAGCAUAAGUUUUGUAGAGGAUUCUAAGACAGGAGAUUAUAGGUACCAAAUUGGUAAGGUAGACGUUGUGGAAGUGGACUCAGACACUCCUGAAAACAAACAUAUUAAGUGGCUGAUAACAUAA